AUGCACCCUCUAAAAUAAUUCAAAACAAUAUUUUCACCAUUCCAAAAAACCUUUCACUUUAUAUACCUACACCGGAGGCACUUCAAAUAAAGAUUAAAUGUGUUAGAAUAGCUACAAUGCUACCGCAACCUCAGACUCUUGAUGAGAUUGAUAUUCCUGACUCAUUACGUUUAACCUUAAAUAGA